GGAGGCGGAGGCGCCGCGUAGGCCGGGGAGGCCGGGCUGGCGCGGCUGGGAGCUCAGGCCCCAUGCGCCGCCGCCUCCCCCCACGAUGUUCCCCUCGCGGAGGAAAGCGGCGCAGUUGCCCUGGGAGGACGGCAGGUGGGACAUUGCCCUUUGUCCAUCUCCCCAGUCUCUAUCCUAUACCCAGAAAGAGCCCAGAGAGCUAGGGAGAAUCUGGAGAGGUUGCAUCUUUCCUAGGCCACUUGCAAGACUGGGCUCUGCUCCUCCCCUGCAGAAACCACGACCCCAGGAUAGUAGGGGGUCCAAGUUGCUCCCCGGCGGCCUCCCCCGGAAAUGCUCCGUCUUCCACCUCUUCGUUGCCUGUCUCUUAUUGGGCUUCUUCUCCCUACUCUGGCUGCAGCUCAGCUGCUCUGGUGAUAUGGCCCAGGCAGCCAGGGGACAAGGGCAGGAAACCUCAGGGCCACCCCGGGCUUGCCCCCCAGAGCCACCGCCUGAGCACUGGGAAGAAGACGCGUCAUGGGGACCCCACCGCCUGGCAGUGCUGGUGCCCUUCCGUGAGCGCUUCGAGGAGCUGCUGGUGUUUGUGCCCCACAUGCACCACUUCCUGAGCAGGAAGAAGAUCCAGCACCACAUCUACGUGCUCAACCAGGUGGAUCAUUUCAGGUUCAACCGGGCGGCACUCAUCAACGUGGGCUUCCUGGAGAGCAACAACAGUACAGACUACAUUGCCAUGCACGAUGUGGAUCUGCUCCCUCUCAAUGAGGAGCUGGACUAUGGCUUCCCUGAGGCUGGGCCCUUUCAUGUGGCCUCCCCUGAGCUCCAUCCACUCUACCACUACAAGACCUACGUUGGCGGCAUCCUGUUGCUCUCUAAGCAGCACUACCAGCUGUGCAAUGGGAUGUCCAACCGUUUCUGGGGCUGGGGCCGCGAGGAUGAUGAGUUCUACCGGCGCAUUAAAGGAUCUGGGCUCCAGCUUUUCCGUCCCUCGGGAAUCACAACUGGAUACAAGACAUUUCGUCACCUGCAUGACCCAGCCUGGCGGAAGAGGGACCAGAAGCGCAUUGCAGCUCAAAAACAGGAACAAUUCAAGGUGGACCGGGAGGGCGGCCUGAGCACUGUGAAGUACCGUGUGGAUUCCCGCACCACUCUGUCUGUGGGCGGGGCCCCCUGCACUGUUCUCAACAUCAUGCUGGACUGUGACAAAGCAGCCACUCCCUGGUGCACAUUUGGCUGAGUUGGCUAGACAGUGAGGAAGCCUGUGCCUUCAGGCCACACUGCUGCUCAGGCUCAGAACAUAGCCUCCAGCCCCGGGCCCAGCUCCUAUGGGAUGUGGAGUGGCCAGAGCAAAAUAGUAAGCUAUGCAUUUGCAGCAGCCCAGCCCUAGAGGACCCAUGGGUUGCUUAGGACGCUGCUAGCAAUGAACAGUGAUCCAAUAGGCUGGGGAGUGAUUCCCAGGUGGGACGCUCCCCCUGCCUUCCCACUUGCCCUACUCUGCCUACAGAGAUCUGCGGGCAAUGGAGAGGUUUGGACAGGACAACCAACCAACCUCCUUUUUGUUCCUUCUCACUAGACCGCCUCAGAGAUGCAGUUUAGGAGCCCUGCAGCUGAUGUAGAUGGCAGAUGUGAUUGGGAGCAUUAGAAUUCCAGAAACCAGAGCACAAGUCCCAUGGAAGAAAGAUAGCCAGUCCCAAUUCUAGCUGGUUGUCACCAUGCAGGAAUCUGGGUCUUGUAUUGCCAGAUCUUCUGAUUUUGUGAAAGAAAGUAGGAUGCUGGAUUCUUAAGUGAAAUCUUCCGAUUUUCAACUCAAUGAAACUUUCAAAAAGUAUGGCAGGCCAAACAAAUGUGUUAUGGUCUACUGCUUUAUUACUCUUGGCAAAGAGUAAGGGGCAAGGGCAAAAGGUGAUACCUCUCUUAGUUACGAGCUGGCAAGGAGUUGUGGAAGGGGAAGCCAAAGGCAUUAGGUCUUGUACCCCUCAACUUCCCCAGGCUUCUGGCCAGCUUCCUUGGUGCCCCUCUGGGCCCGCUGACGACCUUCUGCUCCACCCUGGGCUGGGCACUACAUUCUGCCUCACUGAGAUAGAGGCAGGAAGGAGAGCUGCUGAAGAAAUGGAUCUGCAGGCCUGGACUUCGGGUAGACAGGAUGAGUAGGUGAUGCGUCCGGCUCAGUGGGGGUAGUGGUGGUUCUUUGUUCUGAGGUGCAAGGAUGAAGAUGGAAAAGCAGGAGAAUCCCUGAAUGUUCCCAAAGCAUGAGGGCAGGUUCCUGGUGAUCACUGGUUGCUGGGAGAGGUGAAGGAGGAGCAGCUGAAGGGAGCAUGGAAGUGCGGAGUACUCCUGGAAGAAUCACUCGGAGGAAAGCCCAGGACCCAUGGAGUGGGGAUGAGGGCCCUGCAAGGCAGACCAGUCCUUCAAGGUGUUUGGCUGCCAAUGAUUUGGAGUGGAAGUCAGAGGAAACUCUCUGGGUCAGUUAGGGUUGGCUGGUUUAGCAUUGCGUUUAGCACCUGUAGUGCUGGGGAAGGAAAGGAUUGUGGUCCUAGAGUGCACGAGGCCAGGAGCGACAGCUGUGGUCCAAAAGACUCCUCUGAAAGUGAGCUCAGGGCUGCUAUGUGCAGUUGUGUGGGUUGUGUACUGUAUAAUCUGUGUAUAAGCUGAGAGAUUUAAGCAGAGAUGAUGCAGGUAAUUCUUCAGGCUCACCCACUAUAAUGAGAGGUACACAGGCCUUGAUUACAUCGCAGGGUGCUGGGGAUGGGAGUGAUGUUUUCUGUGUCCCAGUCUCCUGGGUGACCCAGCUGCCUCAUCAUGGACUUACACAUAACACAGGGCAAUAACACCAGCUUCUUGAUGUUGGUGGGAGUGGAUGUAAUUUCAAAGUCCCCAGCUCUGUAAGCUCCUGGCACACAGGAAGACCUGAAAAAAAUGGGUGGUUCUUUCCUCUCCCGCUGCACUGGGGGAGUGGGACAAGCAGAAGAAAAGUGAAGAUCCCUUUACCUUACAGAGCUCAGCUGGUAGCUUAGCCUCAGGUGCAUGCUCCAUCCUGUGUCCCUGUGCUCCCCCUGGCCCCGCCUGGCCCCGCCCUGCCCAUCUCUGAGGCUGCACUGGAUGCUCUCCAGUCCAGGCCUGAUGCAGCCCAGAUCUGUGCCCCCACCCUCCAUCCUGGGCCUCUGCUGCUGUCCUGGAGAGAGAGAAGUGGGCAGCCCACUGCUUCCUCAGUGCCUCUGCCUCCCACCAUGGAAUAGAACUAACAUCCCCACCCGGCUGGCCACGGUGUAAAUCAAGGGAAGCCAGAAUAUAGGCACACCUAGCACAGUACUUGGCCAGUGUGGUGGGUGUGAUAAUAAUAACGAUCACUUGUUGAGCAUUCCCCACAUAGAAAAUUCUUUACAUUGCAUCAUUUCACUGAGGCCUCCCUUCCCAAGAACCAGGUCCUAUUUCCUAACCUGCUCUAUAGAUGAGGAGGCAACUCCCUGAGAGGUAAGUAGCUUGCUUCAGGCCACAGAGCAGGUAAAAGGUAGAGCUUGAUCAGAGCCAGAUCCCUUCCCUCUUGCACAGCCACUCCUCCAUCAAGCCUUCCUUCUUUCCCCAGCCAGAGAGGGCCAAUGGGGAGGGCCAGGAAGAAAAAGGGCCACAGGGAAGUUGCAAAGUAUUUGUCUCUUGAUUCCUCUUUCUUGAAGAAGACAGGGAUCUGGCUACUGGAGAGGUCAUUGGGGGCUGACAAACACUGACCAGGGCAUCAGUGGGACCCAGAGCACAACACUGAUGGAAGGAUGCAUGUAAUGUUUGAGAGAAGCUGCCCUAAGGAGACAAAGCCUUCCUGGUGGGGGAGAGUUUUCCAGUCAGAAUGGGAAGGGCUUCCAGAGGGACCAGCACAUGCAAAGGCAGAGAGAGCAUGUUGUGCUCAGGACUUGGGAGUUACUGUUCAGGGUGAUCCUGGCACCCUGGUACUGUGCAGGAGCAGUGGGCUGGGCAGCUGAGGGAAGGUUGGAAGGAAUCCUGAGAUCUGUGAAUGCCACUCUAAGCAACUGGUACUUUAUUCUAGUGAUGCAGGGUUUUUUGAGGGUUUUCAAGCAGGGGAAAAUUUUUGAGCUGGGUUAGAUCUGUUCUAGAAAGAUCCUUUUGGGGCAGGAUCUGGAGUGGACUGUAGGAUGGAAUCUUAGGAGAGGAGAGCCCAAAUGCGAGAUGAUAAAGCCAGAAUGGGGCAGCUAAGUGGGUAUGGCAGGACGGAGGUCUGCUAAGCCCCCAGAGUCUAUGGAGCCGUCAGCUUCCAGCCCUCCCUGGCCAGGAUGAGUGCUACACCGUUAGGCAGCAGGUUGGUGCCACUGCAGGCUGUUUCCCAAAUGGAUGUGACAUCUCAGCCCUUGUGCCUUGAGAACAUUUUUUUACAAAACAAAGGGAAAAGCAAUUUUCAUUUUCGGCAUCAACAUAUAAAGAUCUUGUAAGUCAUCAUUCCCAUCCUUACAAGAAAACCACCACACACCUGGCCUCCAUAAUAGGCCUACUCCCCAGGAAAAGAGACUAUCAAAGUCCAUCUCACCUAGGGGUUAAAAUAAAUACCCAACUCUGGCCACCUCUAGCCUUCAUAACUUACCUGGAGGUGAGGAUAAAGGUAAGACACCUGUGAAGGUCAUAAGCCAGGGACAGAGACCUGCUGAAAGACUGAGAUUUAAUUAUAACAUUAGAAAAUGGUUCCCCUAAAACUUACCACAUCAAGGCUCUAGUGUAACUGGUAGAUUACAGCUGAAAAAACUUCUAGGUGCAGACUGUAUUUAAGAGAGUCUUAGGAAAACCCAAAGACAACAGGGAGACAAAACUAAGGACUGUAGAGGAAUUUAAAGCCUCUGGCACUUAAAUUUGUAGUAAACGUUAAAACUAACCCAACUCCUAUACUGGGCGCUAUGGCUCACUGCUGUGAUCCUAGCACUGCAAAGCCAAGGUGGGUAGAUUGCUUGAGCUCAGGAGUUGGAGACCAGCCUGACCAAAAGGAAGACUCGUCUCUAAAAAAUAAAUAAAUAAAUAAAUAAAUAAAAUAAAACCAAACCCAACUCCUAAUCAGAUUAACAUCAAACCUUACACUAAGGGUCUGUUUAUAUCAGAUUUACCCAAUAAGUCAUGCAUUGCAAGGCAUGCUAAAAGGCAAGGAAAAACACAGAAGACAAAAAAACAAGCAUUCCUUCUCUGCCAGCAACGUUUUAAAUUUCUUUUUCCUUCUCAAGUUGAUUUCCCCCCAUUUUCCUGAUGCCUCAGAUAUAAGUGCCUGUCUUUUGAUAACAAAUUUUGGCAUCCUUGGUAGGCCCAUUGGUCCCCCAGUGGAGUGGCACCUAGCAAUUGCUGGAAGAGGCAGGGAGCAGCCCUCGGUCAAAAGCUGUGGGUCUUCCUGGGUCAGAGCAACUUCUUUGUGAGGUGAGAGAGCAAGGGACAACCUCAGCCGUUGCUGGAGCCUGUUUAACUCUGGGGACUCCCAUCUCUUUCUCCCUGAAAUAGAUGAACUCGCACAACUUGAACUGAGUUGAGGAGAAGGAAACAGAUUUGGAAAGUGUCUGGAUACCAGGCCUUUUGUUGGAUCUAGAAAGAUACAGUUUUAUGCUUCAUAUGGAACCAGAAAAGACCCAGAAUAGCUAAGCCAGCCUUAUGUAAUAAGAACAAAGCAGGAGGCAUCACUUUAUCAGACCUCAAGCUAUACUAUAAGGCUGUAGUAACCAAAACAGCAUGGUACUGGCACAAAAACAGAGACAUACUACUAUGGACCAGAACAGAGAACCCAGAAAUAAAAUCACUCUCAUAUUCCCAUCUGAUUUUUGACAAAACAAAUAAAAACAUACAUUGGGGAUAAUCUAUAUUCAAUAAAUGGUUCUGGAAAAACUGGAUUGCCACAUGUAAUAGACUAAAAUUGGAUCCACACCUCUCACCACUCUCAAAAAUUAACUCAUAAUGAAUAAAAGACUUAAGCCUAAGACAGCAAAUUACAAGAAUCCUAGAAAGAAAUGUUGGAAAAACUCUUAUAGAUAUCUGCCUAGGCAAAUUAUUCAUGAAGAAGACCCCAAAAGCAAUCAUAUCAGCAACAGAAAUAAAUAAAUGGGACCUCCUUAAAUUAAAAAGCUUCUUCACAGCUACGGGCACAAUCAAAAUAGCAAAUAGACAACCGAUAGAAUGGGAGAAAAUAUCUGCAUGCUAAUAUCUGACAAAAGACUGAUAACCAGACUCUACAAAGAACUCAAGCAAAUCAGUGAGAAACAACCUAACACCUUAAUUAAAAAGUAGGCAAAAGGCUGGGUGCACUGGCUCACGCCUGUAAUCUUAGCACUCUGGGAGGCUGAGGCGGGCGGAUUGCUUGAGCUCAGGAGUUUGAGACCAGCCUGAGCAAGAGUGAGACCCCGUGGCUACUGAAAAUAGAAAAACUAGCUGGGUUUUGUGGUGGGUGCCUGUAAUCCCACUACUUGGGAGGCUGAGGCAAGAGGAUUGUUUGAGCCCAAGAGUUGGAGGUUGCUGUGAGCUAUGAUGACACCACAACACUCUGAGACUCUGUCUUAAAAAAAAAAAAAAAAGAAAGAAAGGAAAAGAAAAUUAUAUGGAGAUACCUCGAAAACUUAAAGUAGACCUAACAUUUGAUUUGGCAAUCUCACUGCGGAGUAUACACCAAAAGGAAAAAAGAUCAUUUUAUUUAAAGGACCCCUGCAUGCAAAUGUACAGCAGCACAAUUCCCAAUUGCAAAGAUGUGGAAACAACCCAAAUGCCCACCCAUACAUGAAUGGUUUAAUAAAAUGUGG